AGAGCUUAAUUCUGCAGAAGAAGACGCUUCAACAUGGCAUCCAAAAAGUCCUUACCCAUCAGCGGUACCUUGACUGUCAUGGUCAUCGUGGUUGUCCUUGUUCCAUCAGCAAUGCUGGAUGAGACAGCCGUGUUCAGGGACACAUUCAUGAAGAAGUGUGUGGGGUAUCCGGAAGACAAAAACACGUAAGUCUUUUAACACUCUUUAUUUAAGAAGGCCUCAUUGGGAUUGAAUUUACAGAAUAUUUUUGCAUUGACAAUUAAAAGUUAUCAAACAUUUAUUCAUGAUGGAUUUAAAAAAGUCUGAUCUAUUAACAUGUUACAUUUGUCUUUCAGCUGUAAGGCGACACUGGCGAUCUUUGAAGAAGCCUAUGUGGGGAAGGAUAAAACAGCUGUCACUGAGGAGAGCUACAACACACUCUUCGAUAAGACGCCCUUUAAGCAUCCAUGUGGCAAAGUAAGCUUCCUCCAUCACACAGCUCUCUCCUGUGGAUUUUAAUGUGUAUGUCUAACAAUUUCAUGUUUACUCUUUUGGCAUUAGACCAUGUUCUGGAGCGGGACAUACGAGCUGGCCAGCAGAUUCACGCAGAAGAGAGACAAUUUUUACAAUGUGGGGGACACUUUGUUGGGUCAUGUGCUGACCGGAAUGGCAUGGUGUGGAAAAGCAGGCAGCAAGGGUGAGAUUCAUCAUUCACAGUCAGUCCAGAGUCUGAAAAAUACUGUUUUGCCUAUCUUGAAUUUACAAUAUAAUUGUUACUAAUUUUCUAUUAACAAUCAAAUCAUCUAGAAACCUUCACAGACAAUUGCGCUGAUGUCUUUCCAAACCCCGUCCUUUCAUUUUGGCUCAAGAUUUCUGUCAAGGUAAGAACCCCACAGAAAAAUCAUCUCUUUUUGAAGCAGUUACACUAAUUCAGUCAGCUGAAUAUACACAACGUAUGUGCUGCGAUAAGUUAACUCAGACUGAUGUUAAUACUAAAACUAAACUAUUUUGUCCAACACUUUACUGUCAUGCUUUAUGUUUAUAGUUUGCACAAUACGCCUGUGAUGAUUCCUAUGUGAUGUUGGAUGGUGAGAAAGACCAACCAUACUACACCGGCACGUAAGCAGCUCUACAUUUAGUCUGAUGACAGUUUUAUAAAUGAGACCAGUGAAGAGAAAAUCCCUCUACCUGUGCUGUUUCAUAUGUUCAAAUAUGUCUAAGACUGUUCUUCAUGGAGAGUAACAGCUCCUUUAAAGAUUGAUGAUUUUGUGUAAUCCUUAAAGUUUGCUCCUCUGUCUUUUUGCUCAAGCGUCCUCGACACCCAUGAAGUCCCAAAUCUGCAAACUAACAGAUUAAAGAGCUUCACAGCUAUUCUGGUGGUUAAUAAAGAGACUGGGUAUGAUUUCAUUAAUUGACUAGCUAACUAAUUAAAUUGAUCAUUUUAACCAUGAAGCAGUUUCUGCUUUUUAGAUAUUAUUAAGUGUCAUCUCUUUAUGUCUUUAAUUUAGCACCAAGUGCAACAAGGAGUCCCUCAAGAACUUGAGCAACAUCCUGAAAGGAAAAAAGAUCAACUACGCUUGCAAGGAAGUGACUCGGUAGGUAAACUUCAUUUGAUUUAUUUAUUUGCACAAAAUAUAAAAUAACAAAACAAGGUUAAAAAUAUAAAAAUAUAAAAACAUAGAGAAGUGUGCAGGUGAGAGAGAAAACCCCAGAGGGCUUAUACAAGGCUCCCACCUAAAACAAUCACAAUCACAUAUACAAAUAUUACAAAAAUUCAGACAACCUUUAAUAUAUAUACAAACAAUCAAUAGUAUGUGGAAUGUUGAAUGUGUGUGUGAGUGUGUGCAUGUGCGCGCUCCCAUGAGGCAGGGGUGUAUGCCUACAUAAGUCCACUUUUUAUGCUGGAAGCAUGUGUGAAUGCUUGAUCAAUAAGGAUUGCCUUCCAUCUGUAUUUAAAAUUACAGAUUGAAGAUGAGGAUUUAGCAAUAAGUAUAUGUGUAUUCCAGAUUCAUGAUCCUUUGACUUUGAUAGAGAACUGACUAUGAGUGGUACGACUGAAUGGAGGAUGAAGAUUGUCAGAUUGUGGAGUAUUAUAAUCAUGAAUUUGUGAAUUAGUCUUAAAAAAAUCUUUGAAAGGUCUAGGAAGAGUAUUUGAAAGGUAUGCGCAUUUAUAAACGAGAGCACAUGUUUGGACUAUGUUAAUAUCAUAGAUAGAUAAUAAACUGCCAUCCAUAACUGAUUCUGUAUUCAUUUAUUCUGUUAAUAAAAAAUCGUGUGUUUUGUUAAUUUCACAGAGCUCACAUUGAGGACUGCAUAAAAAGAAGCAUAAAAAACUGCUUCUAAAAGCUGCUGCGCUGACCGUCACGCCACACUGUCGGAGAAGAAAUCCCUCAAUGCAGAAAGAGAAAUCAUUUAUCUUAAAUUUGUUAACUUUCUAAAGAUUUGUGAUUAACUUUUUAGACAGCCAAAUCUUUAAAGCUUCAAUAUGUGCAAAUGUAGACUGAAUGUAAUGGAACAAUAAAUAAUCCGAGCAAUAAUCUGUGGGUG